CUGCAGGCUCCCGUCCCUGACGCAGCCGCCGCGGCGGCGGCGCCACGUCUCUUUGGUGGAGUUAAACAGGCCGAAGGAGAAGCGACUGCGGCGUCGUGUCUAGUGGCCAUGGCCUUCACUUUGUACUCGCUGCUGCAGGCGGCUUUGCUCUGCGUCAACGCUAUCGCCGUGCUGCACGAGGAGCGCUUCCUCAAAAACAUUGGCUGGGGAACAGACCAGGGAAUUGGAGGAUUUGGAGAGGAGCCAGGAAUUAAAUCACAGCUAAUGAACCUUAUUCGAUCUGUACGAACAGUUAUGAGAGUGCCAUUGAUAAUAGUAAACUCAAUUGCAAUUGUGUUACUUUUACUAUUUGGGACCCUGAAGCAUACAGGCUGUGGUAGGGCCUACCAAGCUGGAAAGGCUUUGAGUCUGGCCAUGUUGACUGAUUAUGGUCUGAAGGCUAGCCUACGUAGCGUGAUGACGAAGGCGGAACUUCUCCGGGAGAAAGGCGGGACUUCCUCUGGUGCUCCAGGGCUUCCACAGAAAGCUCCGCUGUUAUAUUAUCUUUUCUUCUGCUCCGAGGCUGGUGACUUUCGUGGGUUCGAGGGACUUUAUCGGGACGGAAGAAAUAGCGAAGGCCGUAGCGGUUGGCCCAGGGUUCGGCUGUCGCCUUUAUUUCUGAAGGGGUUACGUACUGCUCCUGUCACCAUUAAGUUUGUGACAAAUACAACAAAAGAGAGCAAGGAGGACUUGUUAGAGAGACUGAGAAGAUUGAAUUUUGACAUAUAUGAGCAUGAGAUAUUCACUUCUCUGACAGCAGCCAGAAACCUAGUGCUGGAGUAUGAAGUUAGACCCAUGUUGCUGGUUGAUGACCGGGCACUAGCAGAAUUUAAAGGGAUAGCAGUAAACAAUCCCAAUGCUGUGGUCAUAGGAUUGGCACCACACCGUUUUAAUUAUGAAGUUCUGAAUCAGGCAUUCCGGCUGUUACUGAAUGGUGCUCUUCUUAUAGCAAUACACAAGGCCAGAUACUAUAAAAGGGAAGAUGGCCUUGCUCUGGGACCUGGACCAUUUGUGUCUGCUUUGGAGUAUGCAACGGACACCAAAGCCAUAGUGGUGGGGAAACCAGAGGGAAAAUUUUUCUUGGAAGCAUUGCGUGGCCUUGAUUGUACACCAGAAGAAGCCAUUAUGAUUGGAGAUGAUUGUAGAGAUGAUGUUGGUGGAGCUCAGAGUGCUGGCAUGCUAGGUAUCUUGGUGAAAACUGGGAAAUAUCGAAAGGAAGACGAAGGGAAAAUUAAUCCACCUCCUUACUUAAUCUGUGACAAUUUCCCACAAGCUGUAGACCACAUCUUACGUCUUUUACUAUGAGAGGAUGGCAACAUGAAAUGUAACAAUUUACUUCCCAGAAUGCAUCUUUGUAAACUCUUUCGGUCAGAAUACAUGGUAAUGGUCACAAUCUCAUUGUAAUCCUCCUUUGGUGUGCAUUAAAUUCAAGGAAAAGAUAUUGAACUUCACUAAUCCCUCCUAUUUUACCUUGUAAACAUGUUAAGAAACAAAAUGCUGAAAUUUUGUGUCAUUCCUUUUAAAAUAUUCAUCAGGUUAGGCAGCCUUAGGAGAGAAAAUUUGCCAUAGGGUAUAGUGUUCUUUAAACUUACUGUGAGAGGGGGCAGUAUUCAGAGUGUGAAUUAAGUUGAAUUGGUUUUUUAAAUUGUAAAGCAAUGCAUUGAAAGGUGCAUCAGCCUAUAGUUUCAGUAUUGAUUGCAGCUGUGAAAUCCAUCAGAUAUUUGAAGCAAAUGGAACAUGUAGGAAGUAAAAUGAAUUAUCCCUUAGACCAAGCAGUCAAGUGAAUUUGCUUUAACGAAUGAUGAAAACUAGAUUAUCUGCUGUAUUAUUCCCAUCACGGGUGACUUUUUUUCUCUUCAUUAGCCAGAAAUGACUAAUUUAAAUUUAGAGCCUGAUUUUAAUUUAAAAUAAUAUUACCAUUAAUAACCUAUUCAUUGCAGAUACCUAUUAUACUGUGUAACAGUUGUUUUGGAAAUUUUAUGUAAAAUUAAAACUAUCAGUAUUUUACAGAUGUUUUAAUUAGACAUUGUUAUUAACAGGAACAGUGCAGAAACUAAAAUCAAGCCUUUAAUGUCUUAUAGACCAUGCAUUUUUGAAGUUACUGUCCACCAGGGUCCUAUUAACUGUACAUUUGUAAGAUUUCAUUAUUUUUCCUUCUAACACUAUGGGAAAAAUCUUUUAGAAGCUACUGGGACAUAUUCAAGCUUUUAUGUACUUGGUUAGUACAGCUGUAAAAUGAAAUCUCCGUCAUUUAGCAUGGAUCAUUCUUCUCAUGUUAAAUCCACCAAAGUGAAGGGGCCUAGGUUGGUAAUGAUUUCCCUAACACAUUUGCAUACUGUGAUAUUCCUGGUCCUUUGCAAUUGUUGUACAGGGAGGGCUCUUGGGCAUUAAAUUAUUAGAAUGUAAUUGUACAUCGUUGUAGCAUUCACCUUAUUGAAACUCAUUGGUGUUAAUGAACUGUGCAUUUUGGUACUUCAGUGACUGUGGCUUUAGAUGCGGCUUUGUCCAAGCGGUAGUCAUCCCUCCUCUUGGUACUUUUCCACAGGCCACCAAACACUACUUGACUAUCACAGAUCGCAGAAAGCCCAAGUUGGAAAAGCUUACUCUAGGAACCCAGACUGAAAUUAGGGCUGCCUAGAUCUUCCCCCAUGUUUUUUUAAACCAUCAGUCUAUUUAAGAGGGAGAGGGAAAGACACAGACAAAAGAGAAAGGUGGGGAGUGAAGAGAGGGAGAGAGAAUGUGUGUGACUCCCUAUAGUUAUGGAGGGGAAGGGAGGGCAUCUUGUUCAUAAUCUCUGAAUAUUUAGACUAUACCUUACAGGUCACUUAUUCCUAGUUCAGUAGGCGGGGGGGAAACUUCUCUAAAAAUAAAAAUGACCAAUUUUUAGUCUUUCUGGCAAGAGGGUUCUAACUUUCACAACUGUUUUUAGGCACAUUUAAGCAGAGCUGGGUUCCUGCCAGAUUUGCUACUUCGACUCUUUGCCUAUAAGAACAUGGUUCUUACUGCCUAGUUUUUUUUGUUUGUUUUGUUUGUUUUUUUAAUUUGGGAAAUUUCAUUUAAUUAAUUUAGAACAUUUUUCCAUGAUUACAUGAUUCAUGUUCUUUCCCUGCCCUCCCCCCCCUCCUGUAACUAAUGCACAAUUCCACUGGGUUUUAUAUGUGUCAUGGAUCAAGACCUAUUUCCAUAUUAUUGAUAUUUGCACUGUGGUGAUCAUUUAGAGUCUACAUCCCCAAUCAUAUCCCCAUUGAAUCAUGUGAUCAGGCAGUUGUUUUUCUUCUGUGUUUCUGCUCCCACAGUUCUUCCUCUGAAUGUGAAUAAUGUUCUUUCUCAUAAGUCCCUCAGAAUUAUCCUGAGUCACUGCAUUGCUGCUAGUAGAGAAGUCCAUUACGUUCAAUUGUACCACAGUGUAUCAGUCUCUGUGUACAAUGUUCUCCUGGUUCUGCUCCUCUCGCUCUGCAUCACUUCCUGGAGGUUGUUCCAGUCUCCAUGGAAUUCCUCCACUUUAUUAUUCCUUUGAGCACAAUAGUAUUCCAUCACCAACAUAGACCACAAUUUGUUCAGCCAUUCCCCAAUUGAAGGGCAUCCCCUCAUUUUCCAAUUUUUGGCCACCACAAAGAGUGCAGCUAUGAAUAUUCUUGUACAAGUCUUUUUCCUUAUUAUCUCUUUGGGGUACAAACCCAACAGUGCUAUGGCUGGAUCAAAGGGCAACUGCCUCCUUUUAACCCUAAAUAAGUAGCUGAAUACUUGUUAAAGGUCCAGCUCUGUACUUUAGAGAAAUAAUUAGAGCACAACAAGCCAGCAUAAGUGAUAAAUUUUGCAAUACAGAUAACAAAGAACUACAUAUGUUCAGAGAGGGAUGAAGGCAUGGAUUCGAUAGUUGCAAGAAGCCCUGAUUAAGUUGGUCAGGGCAGCUACAGUGGCUCUGUGGAUAGAGAGGCAGACCUGGAGAUGAUGGGAGGUCUCAGAUACUUCCUAGCUAUAUGACCCUGGGCAAGUCCCUUAACCCCAGUUGCCUUUUCAGCCUUUCUGCCCUAAACCAAUACUAUUAAUCCUAAGACAGAAGGUAAGGAUUUUAAAGGAGGAAAAAAAGGUAGAGGAAAAGUAAUAAGAAGUAUGUAUAAGGAGGCCACUUUGUUUCAUUUUUUAAAAUGAUAUUCACAUUCUACCUAACAAGGCUUUUUGAAUUCCCUCAGAACUCUUUUUGUGUAUUCUGGGAAUUUUUUUUUGUCUCUUUCAGGGAGAUUGAGAAUGGGUCAAGGUCCUUAAAGAUGUCUGCACAGAUGGAAUUACUUGUUUUUCCCCUUUUUUCCUUUUUUUUGACCCGAAUAAUGCAGGAAUUUGUUUUGCAUGACUUUAUUCACGUGUAAUGGGCUUUUACUUUUUUUGCCUUCUUAGUGAUGGACAAUUUAGAACUGAACAGAAUUUUGAAUUAAAAUAAAAUUUUAAAAAUGUU